CCAUCGACUUGUAUCGAUUCGUGACCGGGUUUACAUGCAGAGUUUACUUCUGUGUUCAUAGAUGGCAGCACAGCCAGCCGCACAGCACAGCAAACACGAUUCAUGAACUAGUGAACCAUAGAACAUUGGUGAACAUGGCUACUUGCAUUCGUGUCAUCCUGCAAGCUUUCUGAUGCACAGCUGCGACUUGUCUUUGAAAAAGAAUGCCAAAUCGAAGGUCCGGCGGCCGCGGUCGCGGACGCCAGCAGCAGUCUCCCGACGAAGUUGGGGCAUGGCUCUCAAACAACGUUGGUCCCCAUCACGGGAGCUCUCAAAACGGCAUCACCCGCCAGCAUGAGAGGAGAAACUUAACCCUUCACGGUGGUAACACCGAUACAGCUCCAGUGGCGAGCAGGAGAUUUGAUGAAGCAUGCAGACAAAUUCAGGAACAGUCUAAAAAGUUCUUGUUGGACACAGAAAACGCAGAGUCGUCCUCCUCCUCCGAAGACGAGCUCGAGACAGAGAAAAUUCUGUCUAAGGUCAUCAACUCUUAUGCUGACAUUCAUCAGGGAGAAGGUGACCUGAGGAAAACGGUACAGUUUCUGACAGACAAUUUGGUCUCUGGUGCUACUGUCUGUCUCGUGUGCAUUGAAUCUGUCAAAAGAAAUGAAGCUGUAUGGUCUUGCAACGGCUGCUACUGCAUCUUGCACCUUGGCUGCAUUCAAAAAUGGGCCAAAGAUAGCACAUUCCAGCAGACGUCGACGCCCGACCAGCCUGCGUUUAGUUCGCAGUGGAACUGCCCAAAAUGCCGCAAGGGGUACAGAGGCACGGAGAAUUUGUCCAAGUACCUGUGUUUCUGCGGAAAAGUGGCCGACCCGGCAUUCGACCCGUGGCUGGUGCCCCACUCGUGUGGUCAGAUGUGCGAACAAGACCUGAAGCCGUCCUGUGGUCAUCGUUGUCUCUUACUUUGUCAUCCAGGACCCUGUCCGCCAUGUCCCAAGAUGGUCCGUUCCACUUGCUACUGCGAGAAGGCCACUCCUCAGCCGAGACGCUGCGGGUCGAAGCUCUGGUCCUGCGGAAACGUCUGCAAGAAAAGGCUCUCGUGCGGCCAGCACAGCUGUGAGCAGAUCUGCCAUGGCGGAGAAUGCCAGCCAUGUUCGAAAGAAAGCAGGCAAAAGUGUUCCUGCGGAUCGAGCGUUCAACUGAGGCCGUGCGCAUCUCCGCGGUGGCAGUGCAACAAGGUGUGCGGUCGGCCUCUGUCAUGUGGACAUCAUUCCUGUGAGGUCAUCUGUCAUUCCGGAUCUUGUGGGAGCUGUCCAAAAGCUGGGGCCAGGUCAUGCCCGUGCGGAAAAUCUCAAUCUCAGCUGCCCUGCACCGUGGACGUUCCUCCCUGCGGCGACACCUGCGACAAGACCUUGGAGUGUGGUCUUCACAGGUGCAGUCAACGGUGUCAUACAGGACCUUGUGGAAGUUGCCUGCAGAUGAGCGUGAAACGUUGCCAGUGCAGCGCCCGAGAAAAGUCUGUGCCCUGCAGCAAGCCGUACUACUGCGAGACAAAGUGCAAGCGUACGCGGGAUUGCAGACGACAUCCCUGCAAUAAAAAAUGUUGCAAUGGCAGUUGCCCGCCAUGCGAACAGCCCUGCAACCGGAUGCUCGCCUGUAAAAAUCAUAAGUGUACCAGCCGCUGCCAUCAAGGCCCAUGCUACCCUUGCCACGAAAAGAUAGACCUGUCAUGCCGAUGCGGUAGUACAAAAGUCAGUGUACCCUGCGGCAGGGAGAAGGUAGCAAAGACUCCCAACUGCACAAAGCCCUGCAUGGUCCCACCAGAUUGUCAUCAUCCACAACGUCUGAAACAUCCCUGUCACAACGGUCGUUGCCCUUCCUGCGGCCAGAAAUGUGGGAAGACUCUUUCCUGCGGCCACGUCUGCUCCGCAACGUGUCAUACUGCGGUGUACACAAAAAUAAUCGAAAAUCAGGCUAAAAGAGCUGGACCGUGGGAGCCCCUGCCAACAGCACGGUGGGAUUUGGUCACUAAACCUUGCCCUCCUUGUCAGGUACCCAUGGAAAAGGAAUGCAGGGGCAAACAUUCUAUCCAAAGCUUCCCUUGCUCCGAACUACGUCCUUACUCCUGCGGCCGAGACUGCGGAAGGUUACUGGCGUGCACGAAUCAUAGGUGCUCUGAGGAGUGUCACGUGGUGGAGGAAGCCCCAGAUGCAGAACAUGCGGGAAAGAACUGCAGACCCUGUGAGGAGCAGUGCGUCAAAGCGCGAGCAGACAGCUGUGUUCAUCCUUGCACCAAGCGUUGUCAUCCUGGUGCUUGCCCACCGUGCACCCAAUACGUCAAGAUGAAGUGCCACUGCGGACUGAACCUGCUCUACGUCCAGUGUCACCAGUGGGCUUUGGGCUCUGAGGAGGACAGACGUCAGCUUCAGAGCUGCAAGAACCGUUGUUGUAAAGAGUUGGAGUGCAGCCACCGCUGUCCAGUGACUUGCCACGAUGGCCCAUGUCCACCCCGAAGUGUAUGCAAGAAGAAGGUGUCCCUCAAGUGUCCUUGCAGAAGGAUCAAAGUGGAAGGGUCCUGCAACGGAACAGAGCCACCCACGUGCGACUCAGAGUGUGCGGCUGCCAAGAAAGCUGCCGAGGCGGAGAGAUUACAAAAGGAGCUGGAAGAGCAGAAAGCCAGUCAAGACAACGAAGCGGAAAUAACUCCGCUGGAAUAUCACCCACGUAGGAAACGUAGAGAUCGGCGCAGGCACGAAGUCGUGGAAGAGGACGCUAGCUUCUGGGUCAAGCACAAGGUGCUCUUUGGACUUGCCACCGUCUGCACAGUCUUCGUAGUCGUCGUGGCUUAUUACGUCAACUGAAGAUUUAGCUUUUUUGCAUAUUUGUACUACUAGUAAUAUAUUCCUACGAAAGAAAAUAAUAAAUUGCUAAAUGAAACUGAGAA